AUGUUUGAUCACGGGCAAUAUGUUGCGACUAAGCUUGGCUAUGCCUUGCUCAUAGUCAUAUCGAUCUGGUAUCUAACGACAUAUCUCUUCUCCCCCCUGCGCCGUUUCCCUGGUCCAUUUCUCGCAGGUGAGUUGACUAGUAUCCUCCCAAAGGCCGAUUUGACAGCAGAAGGACGCAUUUCCAUAUUGACCUACCAUAUCUCGAUAGGCUGGACGAAUCUAUGGCGCAUGUUGCAUGUUCGCCAGGGAAACUACCAUAUGGUCAUCCAAGAGCUACACAAGAAGUAUGGUACGGUGGUACGCAUUGGCCCCAAUGUGCUCGACCUGGAUAUCCCCGAGUUGAUCAAGACAAUUUACAAUAUCAAAUCGGAUUAUUUGAAGACCGAAUUUUAUCACGGCAGUAGUGCUAAAAACAACGGCAAAAUCAUCUACAACCUCUUCAGCGAGUGUGAUCCUAAGGUGCAUGCACAGGAGAAGCGACCCAUCUCGAGACAUUACUCCCUGGUUGGAGUACUUCCCCUGGAGCCCCAUAUCGAUGAUAUGAUUUCAUACCUCUGUCAACGCCUGGAGGAGGAAUUCAUCGAUGGACCCAGCCCUAAAACAUGCGAUCUAGGUGAAUGGAUUGCGUACUAUACCUGGGAUGUGGUUGGAAAAGCGACAUUCAGCCAGCCCAUUGGAUACCUGGAAAAAGGGUAUGACUUUGACAAGACUCUGCACAUCGCAAAUGUCGCCAUGGACUACUUUUCCCUAGUGGGACAAAUACCAAUGCUGGAUCACUUGUUGGACAAAAACCCCGUGUACCGAAUCGGCCCGCCAUCCUUCGGCACCGUCGCCAAUAUAUCAAUCCAGCACCUCAUGGACCGAGUUCAGAAGAAGGAUACCGACUACCAUGAUCCCAGCAAGCCCGACUUCCUGGACAAAUUCAUCGAGGCCAAGGAGAAAUUCCCAGACGUGGUGGAUGACAUGCAAAUCAUCUCGUACCUAAUGAUCAACAUGGUUGCAGGAGCCGACACAACGGGCGUCACCAUCAACGCGGCAUUGUAUUUCUCCUUGAAACAUCCUCACGUUAUAGAGCGUCUAAGGGCCGAGAUUCCCGCUUAUGAUUAUACCUCUGAAAGCACGGUGGUAUCUUACAAAUCCUCCAAGCAGUUCCCAUACCUAGAUGCCGUGGUACGGGAAGCAAUGAGAUGUCAUCCCGCUGUCGCCAUGCUCCUGGAACGAUAUGUACCAGAGGGCGGACUUGUCCUCCCGGAUGGAAGCCUUGUUCCUGCAGGGUCCAUUGUCGGCAUCAACCCCUACAUCGUUGGGCGUAAUACGUCUGUGUGGGGCGAAGAUGCCGAAGAGUUCCGCCCAGAGCGAUGGCUGCGCGAUGAGACACGGGAGACCGAAGAUGCGUUCCAGGAACGUUUGCUCUCAAUGAACAAGGCUGAUCUCAGCUUUGGCGGUGGAAGCCGUAGUUGUAUCGGGAAGCAUCUUGGUCUGUUGGAGGUUUACAAGGUAAUUGCAACUCUUGUAUCACGGUACGAUAUGAAGCUGGCUUAUCCGGAUAAGGAUUGGAUGACGCAUAAUAGCUUUUUUGUGCGGCAAACUGGUAUCGAGGUGAACUUCAUUCGGCGGAGCUGA